CCCCAGCUCGCGCUCGCGCCCCCUGGGCGGCUGGGUGGCAAGGGACCGAGCACCAGGCGGCGGGCCGGAGAAGGGACGCGCGGCGGGCGGCCGCGGGGCAUGAGGCGGGGGCGCGAUGUCGGUGCCGCUGCUCAAGAUCGGGGCCGUGCUGAGCACCAUGGCCAUGGUCACCAACUGGAUGUCGCAGACGCUGCCCUCGCUCGUGGGGCUCAACGGCACCGUGUCCCGCGCGGGCGCCUCCGAGAAAAUCACCCUCUUCCAAAGCCCAGAGGAAGGCUGGCAGCUGUACACCUCGGCCCAGGCUCCCGACGGAAAAUGCAUCUGCACGGCCGUGAUCCCCGCGCAGAGCACCUGCUCCCGCGAUGGCCGGAGCCGGGAGCUGCGGCAGCUGAUGGAGAAGGUUCAGAACGUCUCCCAGUCCAUGGAAGUCCUUGAGUUGCGGACGUACCGUGACCUCCAGUACGUGCGAAGCAUGGAGACCCUCAUGCGGAGCCUGGAUGCGAGGCUCCGGGCGGCCGACGGGUCCCUCCCGGCCAAGAGCUUCCAGGAGCUGAAGGGCAGGAUGACGGAGCUGUUGCCCCUGAGCUCAGUCCUGGAGCAGUACAAGGCAGACAUGAGGACCAUUGUGCGCCUGCGGGAGGAGGUGAGGAAUCUCUCCGGCAGCCUCGCAGCCAUCCAGGAGGAGAUGGGCGCCUACGGAUACGAGGACAUGCAGCAGCGGGUGAUGGCACUGGAGGCCCGGCUCCACGCCUGUGCCCAGAAGCUGGGCUGUGGGAAGCUGACGGGGGUCAGUAACCCCAUCACCGUUCGGGCCAUGGGGUCCCGCUUCGGCUCCUGGAUGACUGACACGAUGGCCCCCAGUGCGGAUAGCCGGGUCUGGUACAUGGAUGGCUAUUACAAGGGCCGGCGGGUCCUGGAGUUCCGCACUCUGGGAGACUUCAUCAAAGGCCAGAACUUUAUCCAGCACCUGCUGCCCCAGCCGUGGGCAGGCACAGGCCACGUGGUGUACAACGGCUCCCUGUUCUACAAUAAGUACCAGAGCAACGUGGUGGUCAAGUACCACUUCCGCUCGCGUUCUGUGCUGGUGCAGAGGAGCCUCCCUGGGGCCGGCUACAAUAACACCUUCCCCUACUCCUGGGGUGGCUUCUCGGACAUGGACUUCAUGGUGGACGAGAGUGGGCUCUGGGCCGUGUACACCACCAACCAGAAUGCAGGCAACAUUGUGGUCAGCCGGCUGGACCCGCACACCCUCGAGGUCGUGCGGUCCUGGGACACCGGCUACCCCAAGCGCAGCGCCGGCGAGGCCUUCAUGAUCUGUGGCGUGCUCUACGUGACCAACUCCCACCUGGCCGGGGCCAAGGUCUACUUUGCCUACUUCACCAACACGUCCAGCUAUGAGUACACAGACGUGCCCUUCCACAACCAGUACUCCCACAUCUCCAUGCUGGAUUACAACCCCCGCGAGCGGGCCCUCUACACCUGGAACAAUGGCCACCAGGUGCUCUACAAUGUCACCCUCUUCCACGUCAUCAGCACCGCUGGGGGCCCCUAGGGGCUGCCAUCGCUCACGCAGCCACGCGAGGGCCACGGGAGCCCUUUCUCCUCUGCCUGUGUCCCUCCAAGUUUAUCUUUCUAUCUCUGUCCUGCCCUCUCUCUCUCUCUCCCUCUCCCCUCCUGUACUGUUUUUUCUCCCUCCACCUUUGCGCCCAGCUUUCAUUCUUUGCUUCGGUAUUUCUGUCAGUGCGUUUUCUCAGUAUUGUCUCUUCUUUACUGAUCUCUGAUUUUGAUACCUCGCUCUUUCUUUUUAUUGAGGCCUCUCUAUCUUUUGAUCGAUCGGACUCUCCAGCUCUCUAUCUCUGCCUCUCUUCCCUCCCUCCCUUCCCUCUUCGAGUCCCACCCCGUCCUCCUCCUCCUCGCUCCACGUCCCCUCCUCCCAACCCGAGGAGUUGAGUGCACGGAUGCUUCUUUUUUUAUUUACACUUUUUCUUUCCGGGUUGCUGGAAUAAAUGGGACCUUUGACAUUUGA